CUGGCUGCCUCAAUGACAUCUAAGGAAUUGGAAGCUUAUGCCAAGGCAGGUGCUGUUGCUGAAGAAGUGUUUGGAGCCAUUAGGACUGUAGUUGCUUUUGGUGGUCAAGAGAAAGAGGCACUGAGGUAUUCACGUAAUCUUGGAGACGCACAAAAAUUUGGCAUAAAAAAAGGAUUCACCAAUGGUGCAUCCAUGGGCUUCAUUUGGUUGGUUAUCUUUUGCUGCUAUGCUCUUGGUUUCUGGUAUGGAGGGAAAUUGGUACGAGAAGAUGAAUACACAGUUGGUGAAAUGAUCAUUGUAUUUUUCAGUGUUCUGAUAGGAGCCUUUUCAUUAGGAAAUGCUGCUCCAAAUAUCCAGUCUCUGGCCACUGCUCGAGGGGCUGCACAUAUUGUGUAUCAGUUGAUUGAUUUGAAAUCAGCCAUUGACAGCAGCUCUAAAGAAGGCACACAACCUUCAUCUGUGACAGGCACAAUACAGUUUAGGAAUAUACACUUCAGUUACCCAUCUAGACCAGACGUAAAGGUUUUGAAUGGCAUGUCACUUGAAGCACUACCGGGUCAAACAGUUGCACUAGUGGGCUCUAGUGGCUGUGGAAAAAGCACAACAGUUUCUCUUUUGCUGAGGUUUUAUGAUCCUUCACAAGGCCAGGUACUCUUGGAUGGAAAUGAUGUGAAAGACCUUAAUAUUAAAUGGCUGCGUGAGCACAUUGGAUUAGUGAGUCAGGAGCCCAUACUGUUUGCAACCACUAUUGCUGAAAACAUAAGAUAUGGUCGAGAAGGAGUAACCAUGGAUGAAAUUGUUCAGGCAACUAAAAAUGCUAAUGCUUAUGACUUCAUCAUGAAAUUACCAGCAAAAUUUGAAACAAUGGUUGGGGAAAGAGGUGCCCAGCUUAGCGGUGGACAGAAACAAAGAAUUGCCAUUGCUAGAGCCCUGGUCAGAGAUCCCAAGAUUCUGCUUCUGGAUGAGGCUACCUCUGCUUUGGACACUGAGAGUGAAUCUAUUGUGCAAGAUGCCUUGGACAAAGCUCGAAAAGGAAGAACCACUCUUGUGAUUGCUCACCGUCUGUCAACCAUUAAAACUGCAGACAUCAUUGUUGGUUUUGACAAAGGGGUGAUUGUAGAGAAAGGCACCCAUGAUGAACUCAUGUUGACAAAAGGGACCUACUACCAGCUAGUGACAAGUCAGUCUCAAAUUAAAUCAGAAGAAGAAGAGGGGAUUGAAGAAUUCAUACAACUAAGUCCAGAAAAGAAGGGGCUUCAGCGUGGACUGUCACGAGAAAUGAAAAGGCAGUUAUCUAUUUCUGAGGAAAAGGAACAGGAAGAGGAAUUGAAGCUGCCGAAUGCACCAUUUACUCGCUUGAUGAGGCUAAAUGCACCUGAGUGGUAUUUCAUUAUUCUGGGUUGCUUUGGUGCCAUCAUCAACGGUGGAGUACAGCCUGCAUUUGCUGUCAUCUUCAGUGAAAUUCUCGGCGUAUUUGCUGAAAGCAAAGAUCAACAGGAAAAAAUGAUAACGAUUUACAGCUUGAUAUUUGUUGGCCUUGGUGUUGUCAGUCUGGUGACCAUGUUCUUGCAGGGCUAUAUGUUUGGUCGAUCAGGCGAAGCUCUCACUUCCAGACUCAGAGAUAUGACAUUCAGGUCGAUGCUGAGACAGGAUGUUGCCUGGUUUGAUAAUCCCAAGAACAGUGUUGGAGCUCUUACCACGAGGCUGGCUACAGAUGCUUCACUGGUGCAGGGGGUCACAGGCGUGAGGCUCGGCACAAUGUUCAUGAGUUUGGCCAACAUGGGGGUAGCAAUUAUCAUCUCCUUUAUUUACGGCUGGAAGCUGACCCUUGUCAUCCUGGGCUUUAUGCCCUUCAUUCUUCUAGGAGGUGUCAUGCAGAUCAAACUGUUGGCCGGACAGGCUGGGAAAAACAAGGAAGCCUUGGAGGGUGCAGGCAAGGUUGCUGUUGAGAGCAUUGAGAACAUCCGAACUGUUGCUCCACUAACAAAGGAAGAUGCAUUCUUUCAACUGUACAUGGACAACUUAGAGAAUCCAUACAAAGAGGCUUUAACAAGAGCACACUUGGUUGGGCUGACAUAUGCCUUUUCUCAAGCUAUCAUUUACUUUGCAUAUGCUGCAGCUUUUGUGUUUGGUGCAUAUCUUAUUGAACAAAGAGAGAUGGAAUUUCGGGAUGUGUUCCUAGUUUUUGGAGCCAUUGUAUUUGGAGCCAUGGGUCUAGGAAAUGCCGCUGCUUUUGCUCCUGAUGUAGGGAAAGCACAGGUAUCUGCUAAAAGGGUUAUCCACCUUAUUGACACAAAGCCCACAUUAGAUUACACAAGUCCAGAUGGCAAUAAAUUACCGAAUGAUUACAAGGCAGAAGUUAGUUUCAAGUCAGUCCAUUUUCGCUAUCCAAACCGAAUUACUGUGCCAGUAUUGCAAGGCUUAACCUGCUCAGUGUCUCCUGGUCAAACACUUGCCUUGGUAGGAAGUAGUGGCUGUGGGAAAAGCACAUCUAUCCAGUUGAUUGAACGGUUUUAUGAUGCUGAAGAGGGUAGUGUGUGCCUUGCCAAUAACGAUGUAAAGACUCUGAAUAUCCAGUGGCUGAGAUCUCAGUUGGGGCUUGUAUCGCAGGAGCCAAUCCUGUUUGAUUGCAGCAUUGCUGAAAAUAUUGCUUAUGGUGACAACUUCCGCACUGUAACAAUGGAUGAAAUUAUUAAAGCGGCUAAGGAAGCCAAUAUCCAUACAUUUAUUGCCAGCCUUCCAGAUGGAUAUGAAACAAAUGUUGGUUCCAAAGGAACCCAGCUAAGUGGUGGACAGAAACAGAGAAUAGCUAUUGCAAGAGCACUGAUUCGGAGCCCGAAAGUUCUGUUGCUUGAUGAAGCAACAUCAGCGUUAGACACUGAGAGUGAAAAGGUGGUCCAGGAAGCCUUGGAUAAGGCUCGUGCGGGUCGUACUUGUGUUGUUAUUGCACACCGUCUGUCAACCAUAAAAAAUGCAGACAAAAUUUGUGUUGUCAGUCAUGGCAAGAUUGCAGAGACAGGAACCCAUAAUGAACUUAUGGCAAAACAAGGCUUUUACUAUAAACUGGUCAAAAGUUCUGUUCGUGCAUGA